CUCUGUCGAGGUUCCAGGGCCGUGUGAACGUACCAUGGGUCACAACUUACUUGGUUCAUUUUCCUGGGUUAGAGGGAUAACAGCUGUUUCUUCCACAAGAUGACAUUUUAAUUCAUUUUCUGUUCCUGUUGGACAAAUGUCAAAUUUCAAAAAAAAAGUAUUUCUUUACAUCAUUAUUUUUGAGACCAUCCAGACCCCGGCGUUAAUGAAGAAACCUGAUACAGACACUGGUAUAGAUUUGUUUGAAAAUGGAGGUGCAGCCAUGUUCAAAGUCGUGUCUUUUGACACACCCACUGGAGUAGUGCUUGCAGUUACGUUUGCUAGCAAAGUGAAGAGUAACUACAAAAUUGACUGGAAGGCUGUGCAGCAUGAACAUAAGGAAAAGGCGCACGUAGAAGAUAUUGAACAAUGCAAGGAUAAACUAUGGUGCAAUAUGCCUGGAACUCCUUAUAAUUAUAUUGAAGUCAUUCUACAAAAACUUGAUGGCACAAGAAAAUUUAUUAAGACUGUUAAUAUUGAACCACUUGAGUAUCGAGGAUUUGAUGCUGCAGCAAUCAACGACCAACAUGGCUGCAAUAAUCAUCUAUGCAUGAACAAUGGAAAGUGUGUUGUGGAACCGGAGAGUACUCUAGGAUACGUUUGUAUUUGCUUCUCAGGAUAUUCUGGAGAGAACUGUCAACAUUUCAUUCACACCAAUUCUCCUCCAUCUUCAUUUCUAACUUCUGGAUGUAUUGUAGUACUGUUUCUCCUCAUUGUUAUAGGUUUCCUUAUCUACUUGCAUUUUUUCAGGGGAAGGAAGCGUGAUACCACAGAAAAACCAACAAGGAAUCGAAAGCCACGUUCAAAGGCAUUGCCCAAAGGUCCUAAGCCCAAAUCUUCACAGCCUUCAGAUUCCAGUUACGAUGAUACUGAAUUUCCUACAGAAAAUGAAGGAAGCAGCUCUACACGUGGAAUACGAAAGGAUGAUCAGCAAGACACUGCUGCUAUGAAGGAAACAAUAGACAAAAAUGUUAGGUUUCAAGUUGAACCAAUACGAUAUGAUAUUGAGGAUCUAGAUCUCAUUCAUGACAGAGACCCAUCUGGCAGAGGAAUUGGACUGUCAGAAAAGAACCCUUUUACUGAUGAAACUAAACCUUCCAAGGCCACCAGAUGUGAUUGUCCAAGUGAAGAACCAAGUAAAGACAAGAUUCCAUCUGUAUCUGAAACCUGUAGUUUGGAGAACAGUCAAGCUGAUGUUCACUGUGUUUGUCAAUGUAAAAAUUUUGAUGACAGUUUGCCAUCAACUGACAGCCAUAACAUGCUAAAUAAAGAUUUACCACCAUAUUCUCAGUCUGAUGCAACAAAACCUUCAAGUUUAAAAGGAGAUGAUUUUGAAAAUGCCACUGAAUGCAAUUUAGCUACCAAAGGAUGGGAGACUCCUCGCCCCAUGGCAAAUGAAGACUUACUAGACAAAAAUCACUAUUACUUAGUGAGCAUUGACAAACUUAAAUCCACAGCCCAUGGAGAAAAAAUCCAUAUAGGUGACUUACAAACUCGGAGUGACUUCAUAAAUGAAUGCUGCUCUGAAACAUCUUCCCAAGACAUACCGCAGUGUGAAAUGUUCAAAUGUGCAUAUGACACAAGUAGUCAGUCAUCAGACAGCUCUUGUUCAUGUGCUGAAGAAUCAACAUAUUGUGCUCUAAAUAAUAUUUCUUUACAAGACAACUGUGAUACUUUUGUUUUCAUUCCAAAGAGGCCAAUUGAUAGUGAUCCUGUUCAUGCUGUAGAGGAUGACUACAGAGAAAACUCUAAUGGGAAAGAGCAAAAGCUUGUCUUCCCACGGCAUAGCAAAAGUGGUGCAGUUAUUUAUCGACUUUCUGAGCCUGAAAACGAACCCAAGGACUAAGUGUACAAGUGGUAGGUCACAAAAUAUGAAUCACUGAAGCUAAGUCGUAUUGAGGGAGUGGUUGUAUUACUCGUAGCCUUUAUCAAUAACAGUGAAGACAAAAUAUAAAUUAAUUUAUUACUUUCAGAUUUCUCUAAGAUAUAAAAAAAAGUGCUUACUAAUGUUUCUAUUUUGUCAAAACAUGGACAAGCUGAGAUUGUAUGUGCACAUUAUUGAUGAUGCUAGUGCCCAGUACAGAGAUUUAGCUGGACAGUGAAAUUCCUCUUUUAACAAAAAAGAGAAAAUGUCUUUUUCUCCUUAAUUAGUGACAUGCCAUCAAUUGGCCAUGGCAUAGUGGUCCUAAUCUUCCCUUUGAGUCAGAGGUGUCAGUUAUAUUAAUAUUUCCAGAGACUGGAGAACAAAAUCUGAGCUGGUCCUCCUGUGCAGAAUCCAGAAAGUGUGCACUGUCACCAGUGCUGUCUUUCAGAUCAGAUUUUAAACUGAAAUCUCAUCUACCUUCUCAAAUGGAUAUAAACAAUUCCAUGCUACUGUUUUGAAGAAAACAAGGUAGUUCUCUCUGAUGUCCUGACCAAUGUUCAUGCUUAAAUUAAAAUCACUAAAGCAGAUCAAAUUACAAUCAACACUGCUAUUUAUGAAAUCUUACUGUGUGAAAAUUGAAUGCCAUGUUUUGUAUAUUACAGCAUCAACUACUUUUCAAUCGUACUUCAUUAGAAUUAAAACACUUUGGGAUGUCCCAUUGGUGAGAAAUGUGCUCCAAAAAUACAAGUCUUACUUUUAUUGAACUCAAAUUCUCAAAAUCAUGUAUUUCAAAACAAUUUUGUAUUCUCACAAUUUUAUUUGUGAUUGUUAAUUAUGUCCACACCCCAAUUUACAUUCUAAGUGGGUUUAACCCUUAAACUGCUGGCAGCUCCUUGGAAUUCCAGGUUUUCUCGAUUGAGCAUUGUUUUUAAGUUUUAAGUUCAUGCUGUGCAACACAAAAACAAUGGCUGUUGAAAUCCCAGAAUUAAUUUUAUUACAAUAUUAUUAAUCCUUGCCUCCAUGAGUAAACAUUUAAAACAAUAUUAAAGAAAAUAAUAAAA